UCCUGUGGGGACGGAUCCAGUGGGUGAGGUUGGGGCUCGCGCUCCUUCCUCGCACACGAGACCCGCGAGAGGCCGAGGUGAGAUCGCUGCGCCGUCGGAGCUGUCCACUGCGCCGUGGUGCUGAACUCCACAUCUCUCCUGUGCGUCGCUGAUAUUUUUCUUUUGGGAGGAUUAACAUCUUCCCCCCUGUGGCUGCUUAUAGGUGCAAACUUCUCCUGAGGACAUCUCUCUCUCUCUCUCUCUACCUCUCUCUCUACCUCUACCUCUCUCUCUCUCCCUCUCUCAGUCCAUCCCCCUCUUUCUCUCUGCACACAUCGGAGAUUACACCAGCCGUGGAUUUGAUGCGAUUUUCCUAAAUAAUAGUUUGUUGAGAAGUGUUGCGUCCUCGCGUUCGUGGGCUUGGAUUAUUCCCCUGGAUGGUUUACGUCUGGACACACAGGAAAAGACCAAUGAAGACGGCCAGAUGGUGGUCGGCGGCAAUCUUACUGUUGGGUCUCGCUGUGCUCAGCGCCGACGGGAGACCCAACAAGGAGGGAUUCGGAUCGCCGCCUUAUCGACCGGUCGUGAGAUUCCGCCACAAGCAGGAUGGGAUCCCCGAGAGCUUGAGGAUAAAAGGUUUUAUGGGACACAAUGGCUCUCCAGGUCCGUGUGAACACAAGUACUGUGGCUUGGGGCGUCACUGCGUCGUCGACCAUGAGACCGGCCAAGGGGAUUGCAAGUGCUUGGAUCACUGUAAACCGCACUACAAACCCGUGUGCGGCUCGGACGGCAAGCUGUACCAGAACCACUGCGAGCUCCACAGGGCCUCGUGCCUCAGAGGACACAGGAUUACCAUCGUGCACAGCGAGGAGUGCUUCUACAAAGAUGAUGACUGCAGACUGAGCGAUUACCGCCGGCUGAAAACCAAGACUCUGGAUCUGCAUGACAAGAGGUACACGGGGUCUCGCAUGCACGGCGCCCACAAGGACAACAUGGCUGCCAGGAAGCAACUGGUUGAUAUGAUGUUCAAACGCUUUGACGCGGACAGUAACGGUCAGAUCGAAUCCAGCGAGCUCUCACAGGUGAUCAAACAAGAGGGCCUGUCCAAGGACUUCUCUGAGUGCACGUUGUUCGACCUGCUGAAGUACAACGACGUCAACGACGACGAGCACCUGACAAAAGAGGAGUUCUACACGGCUUUCGAUGUGUACCUGCUCAACCUGCCGGACGACCAGAAAGUGAGCGUCACCACCGUGACCGUCGGCCAGAGCGCCGUGUUGACCUGUGCCAUCACCGGGGAGCGGAGGCCUCCGAUACUGUGGAAGAGAAACGAUCAAUACCUGAACUCCUUGAACCUGGAGGACAUCAACAUCCCGUCUCAGGACUUCGGGGAUGAUGGCUCGUUGUACAUCACCAAGGUGACAACAACCCACAUGGGCAACUACACCUGUCAUGCCGAUGGCUAUGAGAAACUCUUUCAGACCCAUUCUCUUCAAGUGCACGUUCCUCCCGUCAUCCGAGUUUACCCGGAGAGCCAAGCCCGCGAGCCGGGCGUCACCGCCAGCCUGCGCUGCCACGCCGAGGGUGUACCUAACCCCCAGCUGGCCUGGCUGAAGAACGGCAUGGACAUCACAAGCAAACUGUCCAAACAGCUCACCCUGCAAGCUAAUGGAAGUGAGGUGCACAUCAGCAACGUCCACUUCGAGGACACCGGCGCCUACACCUGCAUCGCCAGGAACCAAGCUGGCGUGGACGAGGACAUCUCUUCGCUAUUUGUGGAGGACUCUGCUCGCAAAACUCUGGCGAACAUUUUGUGGCGAGAAGAAGGUCUCGGCAUUGGCAACAUGUUCUAUGUGUUCUAUGAAGAUGGUAUAAAAGUCAUUCAGCCGGUGGCGUGUGAGAUACAACGACACAUUAAGCCCAGUGAGAAGCUGCUGGCUCUGCAGGAGGAGGUGUGCCCCACCUCACCGGGGGAGGCGGUCCAGAGGUGUGUGUGGUCAUCAGCGGUCAACGUCAAGGACAAGUUUAUUUAUGUGACACAGCCAACCUUGAAUCGAGUGCUCAUAGUUGACAUCCAGUCUCAGAAGGCUGUCCAGACGGUCAGCACCGAUCCUUAUCCUGUGAAGCUCCACUAUGACAAAUCUCACGACCAGGUGUGGCUGCUCAGCUGGGGAGACGCCGAGAAGAACUUCCCGACUCUGCAGGUCAUCAAUCAGGCCAGUGGAAGAGUCUCCCACCACACCGUGCACACGCAGCCGGUCGGCCGGCGCUUCGACAGGGUGGACGACUUCUUCAUCCCCGCCUCCAGCCUCAUCGUUAACCACAUCAGAUUCGGCCUCAUCCUUCAUCGAAAUGAGCCUGUCCUCCACAAGAUCGACCUGGAGACAACGUCAUACGUGAAAAACAUCAGUUUGUGGGAGUAUAACUGCAUCCCCAAGUCCAUAGCCUACACCCAUCUCGGAGGCUAUUACUUCGUCAAUUGCCGACCUGACUCCACCGGCGCUACGCAGCCCCAGCUCAUCCUGGACAGUGUGACAGAUAGCGCCAUCGGACAAAACCGUGACGUCACCGGCACUCCCUUCGUGUCUCCAGACGGUCACUACCUGGUCACUGUCGACGACGGCGACGGCUUGAUGAGGAUCCAGACGAUCACCGAUCGGGGAGAGAUCCAGGAACCGUUCGACAUCCACACAAACCUUCACCUGUCCGACCUGGCCUUCCAGCGCUCCUUCACGGAGGUCCACCAGUACAACGUGUUCGGGAGCUCGGGCCGUCAAACCGACGCCCUGUUUGUGGAACUGAGCUCCGGCAAAGUCAAGAUGAUCAAGAGCUUGAAAGAGGCCACAAAGUCGUUUGAGUGGCCGUGGAGCAGUAGGAACAGGGUAAUGGCCGGCAGCGGACUGUUCGGCCAGUACCUCAUGACCCCGUCACGAGAGUCCCUCUUCGUCCUGAACGGCCGGCUCAACAAGCUCAACUGUGAGAUCACCGACGUCGUCAAAGGCAACGUGGUGGUGUGGGUCGGCGAGUCUUAGGUCGCGGCUUAGCGAGACCCAAGGAGCUUUGUUUUUGUCAAAGUUACUGUUGCACUGAAUUCUGUUGCAGAUUCUUUCAUUUUGUGGGAGCACAGACGUGAAAUCCACAGAUUCCGAAAAACCAAAUUGGCCAUUUGUAAGUCCGCUGGAUGAAGAAGUAUCAUCAUCAUCCACCAAAAAAAAAAAAAAAAGAAAAGAAAAGAAAAAUUCAGCUGAGGGAGUAAUUGAUUGAUAUCGUCUUGAAGCCAAGUUUAAAAUCAUUCUUUUCCACCAGGUGGUUUGUGUUUCAGUCAACAUGACGUUGCUUGCUGGUAACAUUUUUCAGGAAAAUUUGGUAUGAAGCCGUAAAUAUGUGCAACUUUGCAUUAAUAUUCACAGUCAGUUGUAUUCAGUGUGUGGGAAUGCUGUAGAUAAUCUCUGAACAAAACCAAUACUCAAGCGAAAUUGGCAGAAAUAGAUAUAAUAUAUAUGCUGUAUGUGUCCGGAUUGACUCUUGUAAUCUAAGUUUACCCAUCCCCAACUUUUUUCCUGUGCCUUCAAGGAAAAGCGCCCUCCAUCAGAAAGCGCCCUCCAUCAGAGGAAUUAGUGUAAUUAUUCCCAGUAUGACUGUAAACUACACCUCUUCCUUUGACUCCUCCAUUUGUGGCGAGCGUCGUUCCUCCCGAAUCUGGUCCGUCCGUCCAAACGCAGCCGACUCGGCCUAAUUAAAACGAGCCCUUGCUGUGAUCCCGUCCCGUUUGAAGUGGAGACAGAGACUGAAUGGUUCAUUACGGUUGUGCGCUCCGUAACAUUUGAUCCCAAAUUAUAACCGGCGCCGGAAGGUUCUGAGCGAAACCCUUUCUUUUUCCCUUUUUAGUCCAAAGCCGAAGAAAAGUCAGUGGCGAUGUUUUAAAAAUUGUACCAGCUUUAUACACUGCACAUUGUUAAAAAUUUAAGUAUGUCAAACUGUUCCUUAGCAAUGAGUCAAUAGAGCACUUGUGUGUGAAGAAAAUCCUAUCGCAACUUAAAUAUCCCCGGGAUCAAACACGAGGAGGAAAGAGAAGAGAGAAUAGUGGAGUUUAAUAGGAUGAAGAGUGGAAAACACGCAUUGUCUGCCCUGUUCGACAGCGUGUUUCCUGUGGAUGUUUUAAUGUGAAGUAACGACGUGCUAGCACACUGGGGAGUGGGAUAGUUGUGGGUGUGUGUAGAGGGUCUUUGAGGAGAAGCUUUGAAUGUGAAUGACGACUCUUUCCAGAACGUCCUGCAGUAGAUUCAUAGCCGGCAAGUCAAAGAAAAAAACGUUUCUUUGCCGGAAAACACAUUUCUAUGCAUUUUCACCCUAGCACUCUGACUCAAGAUGGGCAACUGUAUUUCAAAUUUAGUAAGGACUUUUGACUUGUGUACAGAUUAUAUAAACUCAUCCUGUCUUUCCUGUUAGAUCUUACUCGUAUAUGAUUUUGCUUUUAAUUUAAUUUAAGCCUUUUAUUUCUCCCCCGUCACACGUUGUGUUUUCCGACCUUUACACUCGACUGUACUGCUGAUGACGACCUCUGACCUUUCUCUCUCCCGCUAGUUUCUCACGAAUGUACAGAUUCACGCAGGUUUUUUUGUUGAUUUUCCUUUUUAAGAAGCGAAGAAACCCCACUGUUGUCAUUAUCCACAUCGUGUACUCAAAUACAUUGUGAUCACCAACACUGCUUUCACCUCCAUAUAGCCACGUCCUGUAUGUUCCUUCAUGUGAUUGUUAUUUAUAUAGAGAAAACACGCUUGUCAUUUUAUCCAACAAUAAAACCUAAACCAUGAAAAAAACAA